AUGGCACCAAUCAAGGAAAUCGAAUAUUUUCGAGUUCCUCCUCGCUGGUUGUUUGUGAAGAUCACAGACGUCGACGGUAACUCCGGCUGGGGUGAAGCAUCUCUCGAGGGCCACUCAGAGGCAGUAGAAGGGUGCUUAGAAGCAUUUCGAGAACGAUUUAUAGGACUGGAUGCAAACGACAUUGAGCAUGUAUGGCAGAACGGAUACCGCAUGGGUUUCUACAGGGGCGGCCCAGUGUUGAUGAGCGCACUUUCCGGUGUGGACAUUGCUCUAUGGGAUUUGAAAGCCCGGCGGCUGGGUGUCCCAAUAUACGACCUUCUAGGGGGCAAGCUACGAACCAAGCUGAAAGUGUAUGCUUGGAUUGGAGGCGACCGGCCCGACGAUGUGGAGAGACAGGCGCGGGCAAGGAUAGAACAAGGCUUCAAGGCUGUGAAGAUGAACGCAACCGAGGACCUUGGCUGGCUCGACUCUCCCAAGGCUCUAGAAGCGUCCGUGGAGCGUCUGAAAAAGGUCAAAUCGCUGGGUUUGGACGCCGGGGUCGAUUUCCAUGGCCGUGUCCACCAGCCGAUGGCAAUGCAACUGGCCGCGAAGCUGGCACCAUAUGAUCCUAUGUUUAUCGAAGAGCCCCUGUUGUCCGAACACCCUGAAGGUAUCAUAGCUCUUUCAAAACUGGUCACGACCCCAAUAGCUCUUGGAGAGAGGCUUCAUAGCCGAUGGGAUGUCAAGCCGUUCUUGAACUCCACUGCGGUCAGCAUUCUUCAACCUGACAUCUGUCAUGUGGGCGGUAUCUCUGAGCUGCGUAGAAUAGCAACCAUGGCAGAGGCGUAUGAUGUGGCUCUUGCGCCUCAUUGUCCCCUUGGUCCGAUUGCCCUUGCGGCAAAUAUCCAGGUGGACGCGGUGAGCGCCAACUUCGCCAUCCAGGAGAUGGGAUUGGGAAUACAUUACAACCAUGGGUCUGAGGAUAUCACCAGCUACAUCAAGAAUCCAGAGGUGUGGAAUGUCAAAGACGGCAUGAUCGAAUUGUUGAAAGGCCCCGGAUUGGGUCUGGUAAUAGACGAGGAAAAGAUCAGAUCUAUCGGGAAAGUGAAGUCAUGGAGGAGCCCAGCAUUCCAAGGGCCAGGAGGUGAAUGGAGGGAGUGGUGA